AUGGGUCCCACCCGUGAGAUCGAAGCGUCCACCGCAUUCAACGCUCCACGUAUUACGCCGUGCAUUUGCCGUACAUUUGGGGAUGACGUUCAGUCUUUCCACAUUCUAACGACUCAUAACAUCCCUCCCACGUACUACUUAACGGAACGGAUAACUUUCCGUUCUUCUUCAAGGGACAAUUCAAUUACCAUAAAGAAACAAGGGUUCUGUCCUGACUAG